CAUACUAGGAUGGUGUGAAGAUAGAUAAAUGGCAGUUACACCUUCACUACAGAGUGUAAUUUUGGAAAUUUCAUUCAUUCACUUUUAGGAAGGACGGACAGCGGUCGCACCUGCCCUCGGGAGUAGUGGAGUCAGUGGAGUGUGUCCAUUUGUCUUAGUACCGGGGCAGGCGCAGUCCUGCGCGACACUUUACAGUCACUAAGAGGUGUUUAACUAUUGACACAUCACCGAAAGAACCAUCUAUAUCAUAUCAUCAGGAACUCGAAGCAUAUAAUCAUACAUCAAGAGAAAUUAAGUUCUGGACUACUGCAGCCGCAUCCAAACGCGAAGUGACAGACGGAGUAUUAUUCGGGACGUUAUUUAAACAGACGAAAUGACUCCUUUUAAAACCUCAGUCAAAGGCUUCUUCACACUUCAUCUGCUUUUUAGUUGUAUUGCAAAUGGGUUGGUAGAGGGAUCUCGUCUGCCUGAUCCACAACUGCUUCCUGAUGGAGACACACACCUUCAGCAUGUUGGUGGGACACUCACACUCAUUUGCAGAGGAUCAACUGCUCUGCACUGGAGGCUGGCUAGCAGAAAUGUGUCAUCGGUACGCAUUGAGUCAUGUGAGGAAAGACUGCACAAGCACUGCAGCAAGCUAGUCAUACAGAACUUGAGGCACAACGACACUGGCUUCUACACAUGCAGUCACAAGAAGUCCAGCGAUCAUGAAGUGUCCACAUAUGUUUUUGUUAAAGAUCCCCAUCAUCCAUUUGUGGAGGCUUACAGUUUACCACAUCCGCUUUUUGCAUAUCGAAAUGAUCCCUAUUUUGUGGUCCCCUGCAGAACAACAUACCCGAACCAAAACGUUAUCCUUGAGACUCAGAUGAAUUCUAUGGCAGAUGAUGUGAGAAUAGGGGUGCAGUGGGAUCCAAAAAAAGGUUUCACGGUCCCUUUAAAACCUUUUGACAGCUAUCAUCUAAUUACAUGCAUGACCAGGGUGGACAAUGCAGAAUUUUCAUCAGUCUACUUACUUAAAAGGCUAACGAUGGAAAUUAAAAACCUUGCCAUCGAGCCAGAAAGACCAAGAGUAUUGGUUGGUGACACCUUGAUCCUCAACUGCUCUGCAGAGACCACUUACAAUGGCAGAAUUCACUUUGAGUGGGAGUUUCAUAAGGGGCGGAUCAAUCGUACUCACCAUUUUAGCACGACACCGGUCCAACUUGCCCAGAUCAUGGUGAUGUCUAAAGCAUUAAUCGUGCCUAAUGUGACAAUGGAGGACAAGGGCACAUACAUGUGCACAGGAUCAAUUGAGUUUAAAAAGCUUCAAAUGUCAACCAAAGUUAUUGUUUAUGAACAUCCAUUCCUCAAUGUGACCCAUAAUAAACGUAAAUUCACCUCUACUAUAGAAGGUAGAAGGGUGCAGUUUGAACCUCGGGUCAAUGCUGUUCCUGCACCCGAUAGAGUCUUAUGGUACAAAGAUGGAGUUGCCAUUUCUGAAAAUUCCACAUGUUACGAAACUGCAGGCUACAACCUGACCAUAAAACAAGUGAGACAGAAGGAUGCUGGGAUUUUCACUAUCGCUCUGUCAAACCAGGAGAGGGGUCUCUACAAAAACAUCAGUUACAAGCUUGAAGUCAGAGUGAAGCCAAAGAUCUUUGAGGAGGACGUGGCUCCAGCAGGCCCCCAGACCUACAGAUAUGAUCAGAGGCACAAGCUCACCUGCACUGCGUUUGGGAUUCCCAUGCCGAACAUUACCUGGUUUUGGCAGCCGUGUGACCCCAGUGCAGAUCUUACGGAAUGUAAACUUUACACUGAUCCUCUUCCUAUUGAAAACGUUGAUGACCAUUAUCCCCAAAAUCCGAUAAAGGAUGUCAACAGCAAGGUUGGAUUGUUAAAAAGUAAAAACCGGACUGUAAGUACCCUGGUGGUGAAAACUGCUAAUGUGUCUGGGAUCUACUCCUGUACAGCAAGGAAUGAACUUGGUAACCGCACCAUGAGAAUCCCUUUUUAUGUGGAUGAUCACCCACAGCCUUUUGAGAUUGAGCCCUCCACUGCAGUUGCUGGAGAUGACAUUACAUUGACUUGCAGAGGCACAAGAUACCUCUACGAUAGGCUGAGUUGGUAUGAUCCGCUGGGCCAUAAGGUGCCCAAAGGUGAAACCACUCUGCGGAUUGAGCCCUACACUAUAUCUUUGUCAAUCAAGCUGCCCAAUGUCUCCAGAAACCACACACUCGGCUAUGAAUGUCAGGCUUUAAACAUCAACACCAAUAAAUUGGUCAAUGUCACAUCUGCUUUGACUAUUGAUGAGAGACAAGGGCCCUGGUUAAUGCAGAAUCUGACCAAUCAGGAUGUGAACAGCAGCAGCACCCUGACACUGGCCUGCUUGGCGUAUGGUGUUCCAGCACCCUUUAUCACAUGGUACAAAGACAAGACUCCUGUCACAGAGGGACCAGGAAUCACUCUAAAAGAUGAUGGCACUCUAAUUAUUGAGAGGGUGAAGAAGGACGAUGAAGGCAUUUAUGAGUGUCGUGCCAGCAAUGAUGAAGGGGAAGCAAAAACCAGUGCGGUCAUUACUGUAGUAGGAGAAGAUGGUAAACCAAAUAUUGAGGUCAUCAUCUUGGUGUCGACUGGAGCAGCAGCAACAUUCCUGUGGAUUAUGCUCAUACUCUUUAUCCGUAAAUUAAGAAAGCCAAGUUCAGCAGAUUUGAAGACAGGGUACCUGUCCAUCAUCAUGGAUCCUGAACAGAUGCCUCUCGAUGAGCAGUGUGACCGUCUACCGUAUGACAGCAACAAAUGGGAGUUUCCUCAAGAUCGCCUCAGACUCGGUAAAACUUUGGGCCAUGGAGCAUUUGGAAAAGUUGUAGAGGCCUCUGCAUUUGGCAUCGACAAGAUUUCUACAUGCAAAACAGUGGCUGUGAAAAUGCUAAAAGCGGGAGCAACAAAUAACGAAUGGAGAGCCUUAAUGUCUGAACUGAAGAUUCUGAUCCAUAUUGGGCAUCAUCUCAAUGUGGUCAAUCUGCUAGGAGCCUGCACAAAGCGUGGAGGCCCACUAAUGAUAAUCGUGGAAUUCUGCAAGUAUGGAAAUCUUUCCAACUACCUGAGAAGUAAGAGAGGUGACUUUGUGGUUUACAAGUCUCAGGACGGUAAGGCUGUUCGUUCCAGCUCAGGCUGUGAUCUGAGCGAGCUCAUCAAACGCAGGUUGGAGAGCGUGGCGAGCACCGGAAGUUCAGCCAGCUCCGGCUUCAUUGAAGAUAAGAGCUACUGCGACUCGGAGGAAGAAGAGGAAGAGCAAGAGGAUUUGUAUAAGAAAGUGCUCACAUUGGAAGACUUGAUUUGCUACAGCUUUCAAGUGGCUAAAGGCAUGGAGUUCUUGGCUUCGAGAAAAUGUAUUCACCGUGAUCUGGCUGCACGUAACAUCCUGCUGUCUGAAAACAAUGUUGUGAAGAUUUGCGAUUUUGGACUUGCAAGAGACGUAUACAAGGACCCAGACUAUGUCCGCAAAGGAGACGCUAGACUUCCCUUAAAGUGGAUGGCGCCAGAGGCGAUUUUUGACAAGAUCUAUACUACUCAGAGUGACGUUUGGUCUUUUGGAGUGCUUAUGUGGGAGAUCUUCUCUCUUGGUGCCUCCCCUUACCCUGGCUUACACAUUGAUGAGGAAUUCUGCUGCCGACUGAAGGAGGGCACUAGGAUGAAAGCUCCUGAAUACUCCUCCUCUGAAAUAUAUCAGACCAUGUUGGACUGCUGGCAUGGAGAACCACCUCAGAGGCCCACUUUCACAGAGCUGGUGGAGAGGCUAGGAGAUUUGCUACAGGCUAGUGUUCAGCAGGAGGGAAAGCACUACAUCCCGAUCAACACGGCCCUCUUGACCAAAGCAGACCUCUCAAACCAGAGUCCCACAGAGGAGACCUCCACGCGACCAGUCUCUCUCAGAGACUCUGGGACGGCUUGGAACAUCAAGAUCCGCCCAGAGAGUGUGAAAACCUUCGAUGAAGUAAUCCUGGAGAACGGAACCAACAAGAUCCACGAGGGUGGGCAGUCAGACAGUGGGAUAGGACUAUCUUCAGAUGACCUGAAGACACUGAAGCGCCUGGAGUCACUGGCCCGACCCCGGAGUUUCAUGUCCCGAGCGAUGAAGAGGAAAAGUAAGGAGUCAGUUCUGCUGGAGGGCGAAAUGGACAAAUACCCGCCGCUUGUUCCCUCACUGAGUCUGGAGGAUUCGUCCCUUGACCCGGAGAUGGAGUGUCACAGUCCUCCUCCAGACUAUAACUAUGUGGUCCGUUACUCCACACCACCCGUCUGACAUGCUCUGCGCUGGAAAGCCGCCAGAAGUCUGAUUGGUCCAUUCUGUCUCAGUCUACUUUUAUUCUUCCCACACACAUGGUCAUUCGGAGAUUCACAAUUCCUCUUCCUGUGCACUUUUGUCAAGGAAGUGAAGGAGUACAGUCGGCUGCUACUCAUAUCUGUGGUAGUGUAAGAUUCAUAUGGACCAGCUCAGGUAUUUCUGCUGUCUACUGUGAACACUACAGGCACAUUUUAUUACACUAACAGCACUGUUUCCCCCAUUGAAAUGGCAUUCUUCAGUCAGAAUGGUGGCUAAUUAUGAAAUCAUUAGUUCGGUGGUCAGAAUGAGAGGACAAAGGCAAUCCUUAUUUUAUUUCUAGAUAAAUAUUUUAUUGAAAUGAAAACUGGAAUUUUGGUUAUGUGAUAUUUUAUUUUGCUAAAAGUAUUCUUUCAGAGCUCGCUAAAGCUUCUUUCUUCUUUGAUAGGGAAUAAAUAUUUUUCUUUAGAACAGAUUUCACUCAAACUUUCAGACAAGCUGUCAAAUAAAGACCACAGAUCAUGAAUAAUUGAACAUGCGGUCUGAAGCUCUUUCCCAGAACUCCAUCAGGACACAUUGAUCAUCAGCAUACUUAUGAUGCACAUUGUGUUUCCAGGUUCAGUCGCGCCAGUCUGAGGGCCGAUUUCCUGGGUCUUGCUCAAUGAAGCUGAAAUGAAUCACUUUUGUUCCCGCUUGUGCUAUUUUUAUCUGGUAGACAGCUUUUAAUCUGGUUGAUUUAGUUAAAAUUGAGUUUAAGAUCUUCAGCUGGCUUAUGGAUGCCAUAACAUCCAGUCCAUCACUGUGAAAGUAAAUUACUCCUGCCGAUUUCAUAGGAAACAUUCAGUUAAUUAUUGAUCAAAUGUGGAUGAUAUAAACGGCCUUGCUCUGUUCAAUACACAACAGUUACACUGCAUCGUGUACUUUCCAUAUUUAUGUCGUUUACACUACUGUAUACAUAACAGCACGUAAUAUGUUGUGCAGCUAUUAACCAGAGGAACGUAUCCUGUUACUGAUUCAGUAGUCGUUUGUGCUAAAAUACUACUAAAGCUUGCAGGGCAGGCUAUGAUAUUGUCAACAGGCUGGUCACUAUAUUAAUGGUCAUGAAAAUGAUAUGUACACAUGAUGUAGGUGCUAUCGGUAUUAACUCCCUAACAUCUGUAUGUAGGUAAUGGAAUGGUUGGGGCAUUAUCGUAUUGGUUAAGCCAGAUUAUAUUGACAGUGUGUAAAGGGCCCUUUGCUAACCGUUAUCGUUUUAAAAUCCCAGUAUUACAUUCAUAGCUGAUGUACUGUCUUCCAAAUAAUGGAAUGUGUAUAUACUGCCAAAUGAUGCUUUCCAUAAUGUUGUUAUUUUGACUGAUAUUUGUGAAGCAAAAUUGUAUGCACUGAUAUUUUCUACAUAUAUGUAUUUUUUUGUAUUAUAACUGUAUUUUAAUAUUAACCAAGCAUAAAUAAAGAUCUAUAUAUUUAUAUUUA